GUUGCCAUUUCUGUCGCAAUCUUAAACAUGGAAAGACUUGUUGUGCUUCUGGCUACUGCGGGAUUGGCGCUUGGGGCCAACACUGCUUGCUUGACUGUCGAUGAAAUAGUAGACGCGAUAUAUAUGUCGGCGGACACUGACAUGGACGGCAUCCUAAGUAUGCAAGAGUUCUCUGUGACGCUUCAGAACGAUUGGGGCAUCGCACCGGGUGGGGCAGGUCUCACCAUCAGCGAGUUCACAAACCUGUGGGUUACAAACUAUCAUGAUUCGCACUCGACGGCCCACGAUUUUGCUGUAAACCUCGACAUUAACAACGACAAGCACAUUACUGACGUCGAUAUGAAUACAUACGUCGGCAUCUAUGACGCGAACAUGGACGGACAGUUUACUAAAGAGGAGUUCCUUACCUUCAUGCACGCCGUCCACCCCGACCCACACAAUUCAGGAGGACAGGCACAUGGUUGUCACUGAGGCCUGCCUGACAUUAUGUAGUUCAAUGCAAUUGAAAGGAGAAGUAAAUAAAUGUGUUAUGAAGAGAA